AUGGACAAUUCAGACAUCAUCGAAAGCACACGCGUGACUGAGUUUGAGGGUCAAGAAUGGCCUUGCUUCGUCUUUCCCGAUCACUCUGUGCCUCCUGGCGCAAUCGAGCCCAAGCCCAACAAGCAUGCUCUACCAGUAUUUGUUCUUCAGAGACACCACUUCGAAUGGCGCAGCCCCGAUGCGACUUAUGAUUUCGACCCUUGCCAGACCAGAGAAUGUGGCGCCUCUCGUGCUGACAAAGAACGCGAGCAGGCCUUUGAAGAGGCUAUGCAGUUCCACAGCAUGAAACACUAUCACGAUGUCGCCUGGCAGAAGCAAGCCGCAAAGGACAUGGCCAUCGUUCUAGACAGCGACGAUGAUGACGACAACACGAAGGUCAAGCCGCGCAAGCGCACCUCCCUCAAACCCGGCAGCGAUGACGACGUCAGCAUCACUUCGGUGACCAAGAAGAAGCGACCCUAUAUUUCAGUGUUCAAACGCCCUGGCAAGCCUUCUCCUAGCCCGACACCCAGGAAGAAAGGCAAACCAUCGCCUAGAGCCACUCCCGCACUUCCAUUCGAGGAAGAAGAGGAUGACAUCGAUCUCCCCGACCCAUCAACCUUUACACCCACUAGAAGACAAGACCCUAAGCCGGCCACCCCUAAGUGGAAGCCAAGCGGCAAGCUGCCUAAGGUUGCCCCAGAUGACUAUGUCACAAGAAAGCAGCUCGAGUUGCUCAUGAUGAAGAAGGGAGAUAGCAAGUCUGCCACGCCUGAGAAGGCCAAAGCUCUUGAGCCUGUCAAAGACCCCCUCAAGAUCAAUAUCUACGUCGGCGACGAGAACAAGCUCUUUAUUCUAGACCGAGCUCUCAUUCAAAAGUACCCCUCAUUCAUGAAGCACAUCACCGGCGAUAACAAGAACGGCUUCGAGAUUUGCAACGAAACCUUUGAGAAGUUUAAAUCAACGCCAUUCGAGUCCUUGGUGUCUUGGCUCAAGACCGCCGACUACGCUCCUCGCUUAAUCGAAGGCAAUCACCGCCACCUUGAAAACAUCAAGAGCGCCAAACAAUUCGAAGAUGCUGCUGAAGAGGCAAGCGCCCUCUGGGGUAUCGCUCACAAACUUGAGCUCACCGACCUUCAAGAACUCAUCUACCGCAAGAUCGAGGUCCAGACGCCUUUGGCCGCGAAGUCACUGCUCAUGUUCACUAACAUGGUUUUCUGGAACUCGUCUACCGAUGCUGAAAUCGAUGACAAGAUGCGCCGGAUGCUGAGACAGGACAUCGCGGCUCGUAUGCACGAGAUCAUUGACGAAGAGCCCAUGCUUUUCAACCGUGUGCUCAAGUCCAAUGUUGAGCUGGCCAACUACAUCUAUACAUACCGACUCAAGCAUCCUUACGAGGAAUCUGCUGAGCACAUUUCAGAGAGUGACGAGGAUGAUGCUGAGGAUGAUGACGAUGAAUGA